AUGGCUGGCAUUUCUCCGCGCCCUGCUGGGAUGCCCCGGCAGCUUGCCGCCGCGCUCGCCUACCUGCUCCUGAGCUGCCCUGCCCUACAGGGACAGACACCCUCGCCUGAGGCUAAGCCCCCUCGGGCGCCCUACCUGCCCACCUGGGGCGCCCUCGGCCGCAGCAGCCCCGACGGCCCCAACAUCCUGCUCGCCAACCCCGGGCUCCGGGUACCCGUGGGCCGCUCGCUUUGGCUCGACCCGCUCCGGGAUCUGGUGAUUCGAGUGCAGCCGGGGGACCGGUGCGAGGUGACGGUGUUGGACGCCCUGCCGCCGCGCCAGGGCGCGCUCUCCCCGCGCCGCUUCCCCUGCGCCUUCGGGCCCCGCCAGGUCCGGUACACUCACUGGGGCGCCCGCAGCCCCGGACGCGCGCGGGUGAGGCUGCAGCUGCGCUACGACGCCGGGACUUCCACGCUCGCGCUGCCCUUGGUGCUCGCGGUGGACGUGGUCUUCCACCGACUGAAGCUGGUGACGCGCAACCGGCCUUUGGCGGUGGAGGAGCUGCGCGGCUGGAGCCACGCCAUCGACAGGCGAGUGCUGGCCUUUGCUUCCCCGGAGCCCGGGACCGCGGCCACGCGCAGGUGCCGGCUCACCCUUGUUCCCCCCGAGGGUGGCCCACUGCCCAAGUAUGGGCGUUUGGUGGAUGCCGCGGGGGCCCCUCUCCCCAGGGCCAAGGCCAUAGACUGUGAGGCUUUUAUCCGGGCUGGGGUGCGCUACCAGCACACCUCCCCCACCCCCUCGCCCAACCGGGACUAUGUGCCCAUGGUGGCGGAGCUGCUAGGGCCAGGGGACCCAGGAGCUGAAUCGGAGUUGCUGCUCCGAGAACAUUUCCAGCUGCUGGUGAGGAUCCUCGAGGGAUCCGAGAACACGGCGCCCAGGCCCAGCCUCGCAGCUCCGAUGACGCUGGAGGUCAAUCAGUUCAUGCUGACGGCCCUAACGCCCGACGCCCUGGCUGCGGAGGACAAGGAGUCUAAUGCCGAUGACCUGGUCUUCAACAUUCUCAGUGCUCCCAUCACCACGCCGGGGCACCAGGGCUACGUGGUCAGCACUGACGACCCCCUGGGCCUUCCAGUGUCCUUCUUCAGCCAGCGGGAGCUGCAGGAACUGAAAAUUGCUUAUCAGCCCCCAACGGAGAAAUUGGAUGCAGAGCACCUCUUCCAACUGGAGAUGGAGGUGGUGGACACAGAUGGUGCCACCUCAGACCCCUUUGCCUUUACGGUGGUUGUGAAACCCCUGAACACCCUGGCCCCGGUGGCUAGCUAUGAGCGGGGACUACUACUUUUUGAAGGUCAGUCAAGGCCCCUCUCCAGCGCCAACAGCCUUCAGAUCAGUGAUAGUGAUCACCUGGGAGAGGUGAAAGUAUCUGCCAUCAGGGGCUUGAGACAUGGGCAGCUGGUCGUGCUUGGGGCGCCAGCAGGGUGCAAGCAUUUCACGCCGACGGACCUGGCAGCAGGGCGAGUGGUGUACCAGCAUGAUGGCAGCAACACCUACAGCGACAACAUCGUCUUCCGGAUGGAGGAUGGGCACCACCAGGUGGAAUUCCUCUUCCCUCUCACCAUCAUCCCUGUUGAUGAUGAACCACCAAUGGUCACUGCCAACGCCGGGCUCUCUGUGACAGAAGGGCAGGCGGUCCAGGUCUCCCCCUUUGUCCUGAGUGCAAUGGAUAUUGACUCUGAGGACUCGACCAUCCACUUUGUGCUGGAGGACCAGCCUCUGGAAGAAGAGGAAGAAAGAGGGGGGGAUCUGGCUCCCAGUUCCUCCAGCUCAAGGCAGCAUCUGGGGGAGAUACUGCUGCGGCAAUCGGAACCACCUCGGGCUCCUGAAGAUGAGGGCUGGUAUUACGUGGGAAAGGAAGGACUUUAUGAGAAGGUGGUGACUGAGUGGCUUCAACAAGACAUAGUGGAAGGGAGACUCUUCUACCGCCAUCUUGGACCCCUUGGCUCUCAAUCCAUAAUGGCCCAGAUAACUUUCCAUGUGCAGGAUGACCAUGACCCACCCAAUCUAUCCAAGCAACAUUUCUUCACCAUCAGAGUCCAACCAGUGGAUCUGCAGAGUCCAGAGCUGUUUCCAGGAACUACCCUAGAAAUGACCGUGCAGCAAUACCAGCUCACUCACUUCCAGAAGAAAUUCCUCCAAUAUAUUGACCGGGACUCAGAUGACCAGCACCUGUGGUACACCCUGCUGAUGCCCCCUACUGACACAGAUGGCAACCACCAAGUCCGGGCUGGAGAAAUUGUGCUCACUGAUUCACCAGACACACCCAUUGUGCACUUCACCCAGGCCCAGGUAAAUCACCAUGAAGUUGCCUACCAGCCCCCCCGGAAGAAGCUGGGUAUUGUACCACGGAUUGUGCAGUUCACCUACCAGGUAGAGGAUGCUGCAAGCAACAGUGUACCUGGCACAUUCACAUUAUUCCUGAAGCCUGUGGACAACCAGCCUCCUCAAGUCACCAACAGAGGCUUUACCGUCUUAGAAGGAGAGAGUUUCAGCCUCAGCAGUAAUGAGCUCCAUGUUUCAGACCCUGAUACAGACAUCGACCAGAUUGUCUUCAUAUUAGUUUGGGGUCCCCAACAUGGACAUUUGCAGUACUUAAAAAAAUGUAUGGUCCCAGGGGAAUAUUUCACGCAAGCUGAUAUUGUUAAUGGGAGUAUCUCUUAUCAGAACCACAGAAACCAGGCCAGCAGUGAUACUUUCCAUCUGGAGGUAAGUGACAAGGUGCAUCACAUACCCAUCACUGUCCAGAUUUCUGUGCCUCCCGCAGCAGCUGACAAAAGUCCCAGGACCUCUAUUAUAGGUAGUGCAUUAUUAGAUGUGUCCAUAGAUGUACUAGAAAAUACAGCCACUGAGAUCACCAUGGACAUCAUCCAUGGUCUAAAGGGCAUGGGCGACUUGAUGCUCUCUUUCACUGUGAAAGACAGCCCCAAAUUGGGUACUAUUCUGGUGAAUGGUUUACUCACAGAACGGUUCACCCAAGAGGACCUCACCAGUGGGACAGUAGUCUAUGUCCACACAGGAGGUGAAGUUGGAUUCCAGAAGCAGCAUGAUGCCUUCAGGCUUGCCCUCUCCAAGGAUUCUCAUCAGUGGAUGACGGGAGAUAGCACAGUGGAAGAGGUGCAGGUUCAGGUGGUUGUGCUGCCUGUCAACAAUGUGGCCCCCAGGGCCUUGGUCAGGGAGCCUUACGUUGUCCAUGAAGGUGGGAAGAGUGCCUUGACCUUACAACAUCUCAGCAUUGAAGAUGCGGACACUCCCCAAGAUGAAAUUCUCUGCACAGUGACUGGUCAGCCAGUCUCUGGCUACCUGGAAAAUAUGACACCAGCUCCUGGAUCAGAAGAGACCCGGGCUGGUUAUCCCAUCAGCGCUUUCUCCAUCAGAGAUGUCCAGCUAAGACAUAUCAACUAUGUACAGAGUAUCCACAAGGGGGUAGAACCACAAAAAGAUCAAUUCACCUUUUAUUGCUCUGAUGGCAUCAACUUCUCCCCAAAUGUCUUCUUUCCUAUAAUGAUCUUACCCACCAAUGAUGAGCAGCCUGAACUUUUUGCCCGUGAGUUUGUGGUACUAGAGGGAAUGAGCAUCGUCAUAGACACCCCACUGCUCAAUGGAGCUGAUGCUGACCUGCCACCAAACGAGCUUCACUUUCAGCUCACAGCCCUCCCUCGGCAUGGGCGAAUUAUACAGCAGCUGGCCACAGAGAGCCAGCCCAUCCGUAGCUUCACCUUACAGGAGAUUCAGGAGGCCUCCACCGUUGUAUAUGAGCACGAUGACUCUGAGACCACAGAGGACAGUUUUGAGGUCUGGCUGAGUGACGGCAAGCACACCACCCACAGGACGGUACCCAUUGUGGUGAUCCUGGUGGACGAUGAAACCCCUCGGCUGACCAUCAACAAUGGGCUGGAAGUAGAGACUGGACACACUGAGCUCAUCACCAAUCGGGUCCUCAAAGCCACAGAUCUUGACUCAGAUGAUAAGAGCCUCAGCUUUAUCCUCCGCUCUGGGCCUCAACAAGGGCUUCUACAGCGACUGGGAAAACCCAGCGGGGAGGUGAGGAACAACCUCACCCUGGGAAUGAACUUCACCCAGGGUGAGAUUGACCGAGGCCUCAUCUGUUACACCCACACAAGCCAAGGACUUCAUGACCUUAUCAAGUUUGAUGUGACUGAUGGGAUUAACACUUUGCUAGACUGCUAUUUCAACAUCACCAUUGGCAGCUUAGACAGGGUCUUCUUCCCUGAGGUGGUUAGCAAAGGGGUCACCUUGACAGAAGGUGGCAGAGUGACCCUCACCACCGAUCUGCUAAACACCAGUGACAUCAGCAGCUUUGAUGAACAGCUGCACUUUAGCAUCACACAGGCUCCUCGCCUGGGGCACUUGGAAAUCUCUGACCACCCUGGGGAGCCCAUUACCUCUUUCACUCAGCGGCAGUUGGCUGGCAACAGGAUAGUCUAUGUUCGCACUUCAAAUGAUGAGAUAAAGGUGGACAGCUUUGAGUUUCAAGAGACUGGUGAGCAUAAUCCCGUGUUUCAGACCUUCAGGAUCUUCAUCACGGAUGUGAAUAAUAAGAAACCUAUCAUGACCAUCCGUAAACUGAUACUGCAAGAAGGGGAAAGAAAAUGCAUCACUCCCUUUGAGUUGACAGCGGAAGACAAGGAUACCCCGGAUGACCUCCUCCUCUUUACCGUCACCCAGGUCCCCAUCCAUGGCAGGAUUGUGUAUAAUGGCAGUCGUCCUGUGACCACCUUCACCCAACGGGACCUGAACGAGAACUGGGUUUGCUACUGGCACGAUGGCAGUGAGACAACUGAAGAUAGUUUCUCCUUGACUGUGACAGAUGGCACUCAUGCUGAUUUCUAUGUCUUCCCAAACACUGCUGUGGAGACACACAGACCUCAGGUAAUGUGGAUCCACAUAAGAAACUCCCUAGACAGCAGGUUCUCCCAGACUGCCUUUAACAGAGAUGCCCUGGCCUUGAAGCAGCUUCACCCUGGACAUGUGGGCUUGCUGAUUACCAGCAGGUCUCUGAAGACAGAGGAUUGGGACAGUUCCCACAGGCUCCAUAAGUAUAAAGUAACCAGAGGACCGGUGCAUGGCUUCAUUAUCAACACUGGCCUUGGAAAUGAGAGCACGCGAGUUUUUACGCAAGCUGACAUUGAUGAGAUGAGGAUCUACUACAUCUUGAAUGAAGGCAGCAAGGCAACUAAAGACAUCUUCUACUUCUCUGCCGAAGACAAGGGAGGAAAUAAGCUAAUGAAUCAACCUUUCCGCCUCUCCUGGGCUUGGAUUGCAUUGGAGAAAGAGUAUUACAUUGUGGAUGAAGACUCCACGUUCUUAGAAGUUACCCUGACACGCAGAGGAUCCCUUGGAGAAACAUCCUUUAUCAGCAUUGUAACCAAAGAUGAAACUGCAAAAAAAGAUAAAGAUUUUAAAGGAAAGGCCCAGAAACAAGUCCAAUUCAGUCCCGGACAGACUACAGCCACGUGGAAAGUGAGAAUUCUAUCAGACUAUGAAUAUGAGGCUUCAGAGACCUUCCAGAUCAUUCUGACAAACCCUGUCGGGGCUGUACUGGAGCUUCCAGAAGUGGCAACUGUGGAAAUUGUGGACCCUGAAGACGAAUCAACAGUUUAUAUUCCAGAGGCAGAAUACAAAAUAGAGGAGGUUGCUGGGGAGCUUUUGAUUCCUGUAAGACGGUCUGGAGACAUAAGCCAGGAACUCACGGUCAUUUGCUCGACACAUCAAGGUUCUGCCAUAGGCACCAUUUCUUCUGCAGAGUUAUCUUUCUCUGACUACAUCUCACGUCCAAAAGACCACACCAGCAUCCUCCACUUUGACAAGGAUGAGGCUGAGAGCACCUGCCGGGUCCUGAUCAUCAAUGACUCUCUUUAUGAAGAGGAAGAAUCCUUCAGCAUUUCACUGAGCCUGCCAAAGGGAGGACAUCUGGGGGCCAAAUUCCCCACCGCCAAGGUGAUUAUCCUGGCUGAUCGUGAUGAUGAGCCUGCCCUGCACUUUGGAGAUGCUGAAUAUCACGUUGAGGAAAGUGCUGGCUCCGUGGAGGUUUGCGUCCGGAGGACAGGCACGGAUCUUUCCCAAGCAUCCUCUGUCACCGUGCGCUCCAAGAGAACAGAGCCGGCCUCAGCAGAAGCUGGAUUAGAUUACAUUGGCGUCAGCCAAAAACUGAACUUUGCUCCAGGAGUACCUGUUCAGAUGUUCCGAGUGACAAUCCUUGCUGACCUGGGACAGCCCAUCUUUGAGGGUUCAGAGCGGUUUGAAUUACUUCUUCAGAUGCCGCUGGGUGCAGCACUUGGAGAACCCAAUAAAACCACCAUUUUCAUCAAUGACACCGUCACUGACUGUAAGCAGAGUGCUUGUCCUCCUUUUGGUUGA